UCAGUGGAAGAAUGUGGUCUUUAAGGGAAACCAUGGAAAAAGGCCAGGUGAUUCAUGUCAGAAAAAAAGAAAAAUUAACAUUAGCUAUAAACCUCGGGGCAAAAAUACUUUCUGCAAACCAUUCCCCCAAACAAUUUUUUAAGUCAAUGACCAUGUGGUAGAACAGCAAAUUACAUAAGAAACACACACACACACACACACACACACACAGAAAUGAUUUUCUUUCCUUUUAGUCUCAGAGGUAACUUCCCUAACGUGGCAGUGAUUAAGGUCAGGAAUCAUUCAGCUUGGGGCUUCUCUGACCACAAAGCCUGCUCAUUUGGCAAUUUCUCAAGUUACUCCCUCAGGCAGCUUGAACCAGUUAAACUAGAUCCUUUCAGUCCUUUUAGCUUAUUGACAACCAGCCGGCUGGUUUCCUAGGCAACAAAAACCUUGGCUAGAAAUAGUGAAUCAUUUCCAGGUCACUUUCAACAUGGAGUGUGGAGCAGGAAAGCAUUGGACAGAGGAGGAGGUGAAAGCUUUGCUAAGUGUCUGGGCAGAAAAAAAUAUACGAAAACAACUCUACGGAACACUGAGAAAUAAAGGAAUCUUUAUUUACAUUGCUAAAAGGCUACGAUCCUUAGGAGUGUACAGAGAUUGGAAACAGUGUCGGGCCAAAUAUAAAAACCUCAAAUAUGAAUACAGAACAGUCAGAUAUGCACACAACUCUGGAGACAGCUCUAAAACUAUGAAGUUCUUCCAGGACUUGGACGCAAUCCUGCAGUGGGAGCCUGAACCUGCCACGCACCUAACAGAAGAGGAUGCCAAUGGCAGGGCCCUAGCAACGCCGAGCCCAAGUCCAGCCUCAGAGACUACUGAAGGUAAAUUAUCAACUGCAUUAGAUGAUAAGGAAGACAUCUCAGGAAAUCCUUUACUUUUGGUUUCUCGUGUUAGACCAAUAGAACUAGGUAUCUCUCCUUCUGUAAUGGAAGCCCCGGGCAAUUCAACUUUCAUUCCAACUGCAGUCAACGAAGGAGGCAAACACUGGACCGUGCCAGAGGUCAGGGCUCUGAUCAGCAUCUGGUCUGACAAAUGCGUACGGCAGCAGCUGGAGGGAACGGUGCGCAAUAAAAGGAUAUUUGAACAAAUCGCUGCCAAGCUCCAGAACUGUGGGGUAGAGAGAGACUGGAAGCAGUGCAGAACGAAGUACAAAAACCUCAAACACGAAUACAAGAGCGUAAGGACCGCUCGAGAUCUGGGCAUAACCAAGAGCAUGAAAUUUUUUACAGAGUUGGACUCUAUUCUGGGACACAACAGAACAGAAAAACCACAACAGGAACCCCAAGGUGGAGAACAGGCCACAGAAUGUGCCGAUGUGAAAACGGAAGCGGACCAGACAGGUAGGAAGGUGAAGGAGAGGACUCGUCAAGUCCCAGGUUGCAGCACAGAGGUCGUGUUCAGUAACAUAAAACGAACAUACGCCCACGUGUAGGUUUCAG